AUGGCAGCCAACUUACCAUGGGAUAUCACCAUCGAAAUACUCUCCCGACUUCCAGUAAAAUCUCUUGUGCGUUUUAAAUGUGUUUCGAAAUCUUUCUACUCUUUGAUUUCUCAAGAUUCCCAAUUCAAAAGGAAACAUCUCGAUCAAUCUACAAGGCAUGACUUGAUUGUUAAUCUUGAACAUGGACCAGAACGUCUUUUUUCAUCCUCCCUUUCAUAUUUAUCAUCCGAUGAUCAUGAUCAGGAGGGCGUGAUUGAACUUCCUUAUCCAAUUAAAGAUAACUUUUCGGAAUAUAUGACUGUUUCCAGAUCUUGUAACGGAUUGUUUUGCAUUCAAGAUAUUGCAGGCAUUGUCUUCAUAUGGAACCCAUCAACCAGAGAAUUGAGGAGACUUCCAGAUUGUCCUCGAACCAACGAUAGAAUCGCUUAUUCAUUAGGUUACGACUCAUCCUCAGAUGACUACAUAGUCCUAAGUAUUCACAAAUCUAUUAUAGGCGAUUGUGCUGCCAGAGCCAGAACUGUGUUCCAAUUAAUUUCACUGAAAAGGGAUUCCUCCUGGAGAAAAAUUCUGGAUCUCCCAGGCAUGAAAUUCAGCCUCUAUGGUAGUUACGACUUCUACAACGGAGCAUUCUAUUGGACUGAAAACAUUUUCAUAUAUUCACGACGGUAUGGACCUCUUGUGAUUUCUUCAUUUGAUAUAAAGGAAGAAAAAAUUAAAAAAAUCGAACUAUCACCACCAUCUAGGUAUUCAGAUCAAUACACUAUAUUCGACGUAUCUGUAUUAGGGGGAAAGCUUUGUCUGUACAGCCUAAGCUCGGUCACAUCGUUUGAUCUAUGGGUGAUAGAAGAAUAUGGUGUUAUGAAGAAAAUACUUAGCAUUCGUCUUAAUGAGAUUCAGCGGUACGCAGCACAAGUUUUCAAGCCCUUGUAUUUGUUUGAGGAUGGUAAGAUCAUGCUUCAUACAAGAAUUAAUAGGAUAGAACAAGUAGACAUUUACAAGGAUGGAGAUUCUGCACCGAAAACUACUGCUGCUAGUUGCAAGAUUCUGAGAGCAUAUAUCUACAAUGAGACCCUCAUUUCACCUCAAGGUUAG